UACAGCCAUCAGUGAGGCACGUGUCAGUUCUUGGAUGCACGUGAAAAAUCGUUUUCCGUUCCUCAUCCUGGCGGGGUCCCACCGUUAUAUAAUGGUAACCACCAGAACUCCAUUAAGGCGCGAGUCCGAAGCUUUGGCCUUUGAGAGUCUCUGUCAGUAGCAGAAUCAGAGUGAGAUUCUGAGAGUGAUGGAAACCCUAGCGACCUCCAACUCCAUUAUCGCCAACAACACAGCUCCUCCUCGUUUCUCUGCUUCUUCUCGUUCUCUGAGAGAGCGUCUUCUUUGUGGAGGACCUGAAUUCAUCUCUUAUCGGACGCCUACGAAAUUUGCUUCUUCUGGACUUCAGCAUUUGCCAUCUUUGCGCCGCGGAGGCAUCCAGUUCUUUACCUCUCUCUCUUCUCAUAACCAGGUAGAUACUCAGAAUGAUGCAGUUGAGAAUCAAGACACGAAUCAAGUGAAAACAGUUCGUGUCAAAUUCCAGCUACAAAAAGAGUGCACAUUUGGGGAGCAAUUCCUUGUAGUUGGUGACGAUCCAGUUAUUGGCUCCUGGGAAGUUACAAGUGCAAUACCUUUAAACUGGGCAGAUGGGCAUCAAUGGGCAGCAGAAGUGGAAAUUCCUGUUGGAAAAACAAUCCAGUUCAAAUUCGUACUUCAAGGAAAAACUGGAAAUGUCGUAUGGCAACCUGGUCCUGAUCGAACAUUUCAACCCUGGGAAACAACUAAUACAAUCGUCGUUUCUGAAGAUUGGGAUAGCACUGAAUCACUGACGCUAACUGAAGAAGAAAAGGUUGUUAACCAGAAUGAGGAUUCGCCUAUUGUCUCAGAAAAUUUAAUGAUUGUGGAUCCAAACGAAGGACUGAUCCACAAUACAAAUAAGGAACCGUCAGUUGCUCUUGGUGAUACUUCUAUUGCAGAAAAAUCAUCAGUGGAAUCACAUGAAGAAUUGAUUGAUUUCAGCAUCAUCUCAGCUUCAAAAGAAAAUGGUAGUGAUAUCUCAGCAUUAGAUGAGGAUGCUGGUAACAUCUCACUUCCAGAGGAGAACGCUAGUGACAUUUCUGCUGCCAAAAAUAUCGUGGCAGAGAAUAUAAGCUACCAGAAGGAGAGCUUCAUUCUCAAUUCAAGUAACAAGGUCGUCAGCGAAGUAUACAGCAAUUCAAAUGGGGAGUCAACAUUUACAUGCCAGAGUGAUACAAAGAUAACAGAGGGAAUUGCGGAGAGUCAUGAGAAAGGAGCAACGGUUAAGAUCCUUGGGAAUGCAGAUGUUCAAGAAAGCUCGAUUAACUGCAGAGUUCCCAUUCUAGUUCCUGGUUUACCUCCAACUCCAACAACAUCAAAUGAGGCAGCACCUCAACAUGAAGUCGAAUCUGAUGUUUCCAUCAAUGGAAUUAAUGAAUCUAACGGUCAUGAACUACCUGAGAACGUACAGAUGAAUCAUAAACAGACCCCUUAUCUUGUGGCUGAAGAAGAGAUCGAGGCGAAGUUAAGUUAUGGAGAAGACUAUGAAGAAGAUGACAAAGAAGACGGCCUCCAAAGUGAAAUUAGACAAAAGGAUGACAAAAAUAAAAUUGAGAAUCGUUCCGACUUGCAGGAAAUCAACAAUGAUAUCCUUAAAAAUGACAUGACAUGGGGUCAUAAAACCCUAAUGAAGUUGUUAGCCAAUUUAAAAUUUCUUUAGCAUCAGCUUUAUUGAAACACUGGAAAAGAUUUCCGGAUUUCAUAUUGGGCUCUGUACUAUGUUGCUCCCAAAGAAAUUUUGGGUGGAUGCAGGCUGCGGUUGGGAGAAAUUGUACAUAAUACAUAUGAUCCAACUUCACUAUAUUGUAUGCUACUCAGGGGCGUAAAUAAUUUUGAGCUGCGGAGCGGAAUCUGAACUGCACUAUAAGAAAGAUUCUGGUAAUUUGUGCCUUUUUAGUCGUUUGGAUUGUAUAUGUUUAAUUUAUACAAAUUAAAACGUUCUUUAUUUGCCUGCAUUGUCAAGAACUCUUGUUAUAUAUACAUAUAUGUAUUGUGCUGUUUUCAAGGCCAGACAGACGUAUUCUAUCA